AUGCUGGGGACGUCGCCCGCGCCAGCCCUUUUCACAAUGGACGCUCGCGACCAGGCGAGGCUUCGGCGCAAGCGCAAGGCCGACUCGCAGGACUUUAGCGAUCGCGAGCGUCUGUCCAAGCGCCUCAGCCGGCUCAACAUAGGUGAGCAUUGCUCCUUUGCUCUCUAUCUCUUUAAAUUCAAUCCAUCCCUCGACCGUUCGCUAACGCUCCGUCUCGCCACAGAACCCUCCGGCCCCCGACUCUACGUCCCCGUCGAAGCUCCCGCCAAUGCAGCAGCAGCAGCGACCUCCUCAUCUCCCUCCUCCUCCUCCUAUUCCUCCUCAAAUCCGCCCUCGCAGGACGAUGAGACGAUGCAGCUCGACGACUCCAAACACAAGGUGUACAUCUACGACCUCGACGCCGAGCUCUCCUCCGACAGCGACAACGACGAAGGCAAACUCAUCUUCCUCCCGGACAUCGAGAAGCACCUCCGGGAGAGCCGCAUCCCGCGCGGCGUCCUGGCCAACGACGAGGGCGAGCUGGCCGGCAUGCAGCUGGUGCUCUACAGCGAUCCGAAAUCCAUCUCCGUGCCCGAGGAGCGGGACGGCGUGCGCAGGGCCAUCAUCGAGGCCCGUCAGCGGGCGAGAGAGGCGCAGAAGAACGGCGGGACAACAAUAUACGCCAAUGACGGCACGGCAUCUCCGGCGGCGGCGGCGGCGUCACAGACGACCUCACAGACUACAAGAACAACACCUCAUACAUAUCCUCCGAUGAACUCUCCUCCUGCAUUUUCUCAAGCAAUCCCCGAAACGAUACCGCACGUUGACCCAGCGCCGCCUGAACCCUUCCCCGUCGAUGAUGCGUGCGAUGCCAUGGAGGUUGAUUAA